GCUCGCUGAGCCGCGGCGCGUUCGCCGCUACCGGAAUCUCCGCUCGGAGCGCCGCGCGCCGUUCGAUAUUUCGGCUCGCGGCUACAAGCGUACCUCGUAAACAGGCGUCGCAAUCCGCGCAGUGAUCAGACCAAUUCUAAGAGAUUGUUACAGAAAAACGACCGUUUUUCUGGAAUCGGAAGUAUUGAACAAAGGCAGCUAUAAGGCAGCCAAGGGACGAAGCUGCAAGGAUUUGUAGCAGUGUGUGGAUAAACAAGCAUUUAUGCCUGAGAUUACACGGAAAGUAUUGGCGAAAUGAUGAAAAGUGGGGAAGACAACAUUCGGCACUACGUUCAAACUGUGGAAUUUACUGGCCGUGAAGAUGAAGCUACAGUUGAAAUAAUAAGUGGUAAUGUUAAUAUAAUACCAUCUUCGGGAGGUCACCACCAUGGCAGUUCCAAAGUAAAACUGAAAAAUAUCGUUGACUUUACCUGGGAACACAGGUACUAUGUUGGCCAGUUGUUAGCAGUGCAUAUGUCAGGCAAAUAUUUAGCUUAUGGUAUUAAAGCUGGAAAUGGCAAUGGGGUUGUAAGAGUUGUAAAUAAAGAGUUUGAACUUAGAACCCUUAUCAGAGGUAUGCGAGGACUCAUACAGGAUCUAGCUUUUGCUCAUGUUGCCAAUCCCAUUUUGGCAUGUGUUGACUAUACAGGCAGUUUGUUUGUAUAUUCUAUUGAAGCCACAAGUACAGAAUUGUUAUGCAAUCGGAUUUUGCAAGUGGAUGCAGAUGAUCUGUCGCCAAUGAGUCAUCGGGUUAUCUGGUGUCCAUAUAUUCCUGAAGAAGAAGCUAGCGAUGGUGAAGAAGUUUCCAAAUUGCUUGUUCUGACUAGAGGCUCAAAAGCAGAGCUGUGGUCAAUUGCUUCCGCAUCUCGUCUUUUUGCUGCACCAACCAAUGCCUCAGAUCCAGAGAUAAGUAAAAAUGGUGUUAUGCUAGAAAUUUAUCAGCAUUCAGGAACAAUUGUUGAGGCAACAUUUAGCCCUGAUGGGACAGCCCUAGCGACUGCAAGUUCGGACGGAGAGGUCAAGUUCUUCCAAGUUUAUUUGCAUGGUACAUCUUGCGGACAACAACCUCCAAAGUGCCUGCACAAGUGGAGCCCUCAUGAUGGUCGGCCUAUAUCUUCUUUAUUUUUCCUAGACGACCAUGAAAAUUACAACCCCGAUGCAACAUUCUGGAGGUUCGCCAUAACGGGCUGUGACAACAAUUCCGAGCUGAAGGUUUGGUCUUGCGAAUUGUGGACUUGCCUACAAACCAUUAAAUUCGCGCCGAUGCCCUCGUCGCAGAAGAUGCCAGUGUUAAAGGCCAGUUUGGAUCUUGCUGCUGGUUACUUGCUGCUCUCAGACAUCUAUAACAAAGUUCUGUACAUAAUGAGCAUUAGCAAGGACAACGAUGAGGCUAUGGCGUGUAUAAACACCGUGUCGGAAUUCCUGCUACCAUAUCCCAUACUGAGUUUCGCGAUAGUUGACGCGGGUCAGAGGCGACUGAGACCGACCAGUGAGUCGUUGGAGGACUUGUGCCCGUGUGAAGAUGAGAACGAGGACCAGCUGGUCAUAAGAAUGUACCUUGUCCAGCCGAAAUCGCUGCAAGAGUGCCACAUUGCCUUCAGACUUCCUCUACAAUUGAGUGGUAAUUGUCUCAUGGACACCUUGACCCACGAUUCACUCGACUACACCGAGGACUUACCCGAUAUCAGCACCGUCCAUCACAACGGUAUUGUUGGCGUGAAUGACGACGACGAUGUUGAUGUUGAUGAUGGUGAGAACGGGGAGGAGGACACAAACAUCACCGAGGCAGCCGAUCUGAACACCAAUCACAAUGCCGGCCUGAACUUGAUGACACCUGACGCUUUCAGCUCUCCCGCCAAGAAAGACGGUGCGCUGGACUCCAAGUCAUCUAGUCCGCAUCUCGGCAACAUUGAGUCCGCAAGUCCUUCAAUUGCUCAAACGGUCCAAGCUCUUAAUGCGCUGGAUCAGCCGUUGGCCACGAGUAAAUUGGAAGAGCAAGCGGUGCCGAGCGGUGGCAGCAGCCCCUCGAGGGAGGUUCGCGAAAUCUUGUCUUUGGCCGACCCCGAGGAAAAUGAAGCCGAGGUGAAGACCGAAGUACCGACAACAACCAACGAGAAUUGGUCGCAAAUUCCCUUGUGUUUGAUCAAAGACGCAAUCCACGCGAUGCAGGAGCAAGGCAAAGACGUAGCCGAUGGUCAAUUGGGCAUCAAGAAGGAGCCCGCGGCGCCGUCGUAUUUGGCAGCAACUGAGGACGUGCAAACCAAAUGGAACGUGUCCAACGAUAUCGGCGCCAUGUCGAGCAAAUUAGAUUCGGUGCUCGAAUUGAUGCAGGACCAACAGCAAGAACUCAACGAGCUUCGUCUCGAGAUGACCCGACUACGACAAGAGACUCCAUUGGCUGCUCGCGUGGAGUCAGCUUUGACGAAAGCGACGCAGCAGCAGAGCACUAGCAUCGAGCAGACUCUAUUCGCCCAAGUGACGCGACAGCAUGAGUUCCUCAAGAGCCUCGAAGCCGGCGUGAAGGAGCAGAUCGAAACGACCAUACCAAGGGUCAUCCAGGAGGUUACGAAGACCCUGGAGCGACAGUUGAAAAUAGACGCCGCUCAAAUGGAAGCCGUGAUUAAGGACAACUUGAUGAAGUGCAUCGGUGGGCCGCAAGUGCGAGAGGCUAUAUCGGCGGCUGCCACAAAUGCCGCGAAGCCCGCUCUCGAGCACGCCUUCAAGGACAGCUUCACUGCUAUUUUACUGCCUGGCUUAGAAAAAGCUUGCCAAAACAUGUUCAAGCAGGUGCAGGACGCAUUCCUCGUCGGCACGCGAGAAUAUCUUCAGAACGUUGACUCCAUUAUGGAUAAACAGUAUCAACGCCAGAGCAAAACGCAGAGUGAGGCACUGGCCAGCGUAGUUCGGGAAGAGUUGCAAAGCGAAUUUUGCAAGGGUUUGUCGAUGAUGCAGGAGAAUACCGUGAGGAGUGUUCGCGACUGCGUCAGGGAGAAUUUCACGCAACAUAUGUCAGAAAUAUCCGGGAUACGCUCGAGAGCAACGACUCCGGGUUUAACGGGUCCAACGCAGGUGGAUGCUCAAGCGCGAGUAAUGUCACUGCUUCAGAGGGGCCAGCUAAAUGCCGCCUUCCAACAGGCGCUGAGUGCUAGCGAUCUGAAUUUGGUUGUGCUAGUUUGCGAAAACACCGAUACAGCAAGGGUUUUCUCAUGUUCAAUGGGCUCUGGCCAAGGCUCGAGGUGCGUUCUACAACAACCGGUCUUGUUGUCGCUUGUUCAACAGCUCUCGGCCAACCUGGGACACAGAACCGAAUUGAAACACAGAUGGCUCGAAGAAGCCGUAAUCAGCUUGGACCCAAACGAUCCGGUCAUAAGGGAACACAUGCUCAAUGUAUUAUUGUCACUCCAGAGUCAAAUUGCAACUUUUAUCACAGCAAAUCCAAAUCACCGAUCAGUAAGGCGACUGAAAAUGGUCGCAAUGGCUGCUCAAGCUCUUUUAAAACCAUCAUAAACUAUUUACAUUUUUCUCUGCUUUUACACUGCUGCUGCAGUAAUAAAUUUUUCUUUCUAUUGAAUCGUCGUUUCUGCACGCAUUGAGGCCUUUGGCGUGCCUGUUUGAUUGCAUUUAUGGCUGGAGACUGUACUAUUUUAUUUGAGUAUGGAAUGUAGUUGCUUUAUCCAUUCAGCUCUAAAAAUUUUUCUCAAUUAUUGACUUUGCAAGUUUUUUUAGCCACAAUUCGGAAUUUCAUAAUUUUUUGUCCUGUCGCGUCUUUAUAUACUCUGAAAUAUGUUAAAAAUGUCUCUUGCAUAUAAGUUUAAACACUUUUCACGUCAUUUCACGAAUAUUAAUACUUUAUGAAUAAUAUUAGUAUUUUUUAAAUAUAGUUAUUUUUCAGCUUUUGUACUAAUUGGUACGGUUUCUACAUUGUUAACUAGAGUUUUGUUCAAAGAAGAAAUACAAUUUAAAUGUUCAAUUUUUUAAGUUUCUAUGUAUCCAAUAACACGAGUUUGUUUUCAAGUGAAAAAGAUGUACUAUAAUAAUAAAAUUGAAGUUUUUCAUCACUCUAUUUUUGAAAAAAUUCAAUAAAUUGCAGCAUCAUACACACACACACACACACGCAUAC